GGACGAGGAAGCAAAGGGCAAGGGGCCCGGCUCAGCUGGCAGCCUGGCCCUGGGCAGCGGCAGCUGGACUCACGGCGCUCCACGCGGACGCAGCUCCAGGAGGCACCGAGGACAGCAGGCGUUCCCACGGGGCUGGCAGGCAAGUUAAUAGUCUCAAGAUCAAAGUGACAUCCACGAGAGCUGAGGGGACCCAGGCAGGGGACACCUACUGACGUGCUCAGAACAAUGGGUAACCAAAUGAGUGUUCCCCAAAGAGUUGAAGGCCAAGAGAAUGACCCGGAAGCAGACACUCACAAGGUCGCGUCUGGAGACGCGUGUGGUCAAAACGGCCUGCCGGUCAUGAUAUCCGCCCGCCCGGUGCAACCCUACGAGGAAGUCGAUCUGGGAGCCGGCGUCCGGGAGGAUACUGUGGCCGCUUCUUCCCCCGAGACAAUGGAGACCGGCGCGGCUGCGGAGGCCAACGGCGAGAGUCUUGGGAAGGAGGCCAAACCCCGGGCACCAGCUGCUAAAUCUCGUUUUUUCUUGACACUCUCUCGGCCUGUACCAGGGCGUACCGGAGACCAAGCCACGGAUUCAUCCAGCGGGUCCGUGCGGCUUGAUGUCAGCUCCGAUAAAGCUCCAGGAAACAAAGGCCCGAGUGAGCCCAUGGCGCUUCCGUUGGCAGCUGCACCCGGGCCCGGCCCGGAUAAAACCCCGGGGCAGACCCCGGCCCAGGCGGAGGGCCUCCCUGCCAGCCCUGGGCCGGAGCAGCCUCCGUCUGCGGCCGGGGCAGCAGCCCCCACCAAGCCCAAGGACGCCGGCUUCUUGGACAAACUCUUCAAGCUGGACAAGGGACGGGACAAAGCCCCCGUGGACCUCCCCCAGGAGGCUGAGAGCACGGAGCGCCCUCGCCCCGCCGCCGAGGUCCCUGGGUUACCCACGCAGGCCGAGGAUGGCCCUGCAGAGACGGACAUAGUUGACGGCGAGGGAAGGGGAGGACAGGAAGUCCCAGCUGUGAGUCGAUCUGUCCCCGGGGACCGUGAGCAGCUGGAAGUUGCAAAGGACACCCAGGCAGAGGACAGCUCCAUCAUGAGCUUCUUUAAAACCCUGGUUUCACCUAACAAAGCUGAAACAAAAAAAGAUCUGGAAGACACGGGCGAGGAAAAGUCACCCGCCCCUUCAGCCAACCUCAAGUCAGACAAAGCCAACGUUCAGCUCCAGGAGCCCCAGGGGGCCGCCAAGAAUUCUACAUCGGCUGAAACAGCGAAGGAGGGUGCGAAGGAAAAAGGGGGCCCCAGCUCUCUGCCUCUGGGCAAACUGUUCUGGAAAAAGUCAGUUAAAGAGGAUUCAGUCCCCACAGGUGCAGAGGAGAAUGUGGUGUGUGAAUCACCAGUAGAGGCUGUAGAGUCUGAGGAAGUAGAAGCAGCCUUACAAACAGUGGAUCUCAGCGAAGAAGGAGAGCGUACACCUCAGCCUGCAGAAGAGACGCCCAGAAGAGGAGACCGCAAAGCCUCGAGGCCCUCCCUGCUGGCGCUCCUCAGACAGAUGUCAGUGAAAGGGGAUGGAGGGAUCACCCACUCUGAAGAAAUAAAUGGGAAAGACUCCGGCUACCAAACCUCGGACCCCACGGAGAAGGUGGUCGCUCCGCCACAGCAGGAAGCGGCAGCUACGGGCCAGAAGGGCAAAGAGGGCCCGUCCAAGGACAAGAAGGCAGCCGCGGAGACCAACAAGCAGAAGGGCAUCAAGCAGGAAGCCAAAGAGCCGGCCCCAGGCGUGGAGCCAGCCAACGUGGAGGCGAACUCGCUGCCGAACGGGGACAAGUCCCAGAAGAGACCCGAGAAGCGGCGGCAGUCCCUCGGGGGAUUCUUCAAGGGCCUGGGACCGAAGCGGAUGUUGGACGCUCAAGUGCAAACAGACCCCGUGUCCAUCGGACCAGUGGGCAAAUCCAAGUAAACAAAUCUUCACGGCUCCCAUCAGGUUCCGCGACCGAGAUGUCUCCUCCCGACUCAUCUCCCCCCAAACCCUCUCCAUGUGUAUAUUUUUUUCUUCUGAUGGCCAUCCAAUGAAAGUCUGCCUCCGAGCUAAGCCUGAGCUGCUGUAUAUUGAGGUGUAUUAUUUGCGUCUCUGGUCCAGUCUUCCCCGGUAAAUAACUGUAACGAUGGCUGAGCAGGUUAACCGGCCAGGUCCGAAGAUGCGCACCCCGCCGGGUGGGGGAGGGGCAGAGGACUGCAUUCCGGCUACGUUAGAAAAAAGGCCAGGGGCAAGUAAGUUGCAAGAGGGAAAAGACUGCUGGAAGGAAUUAGGCUUUGUAGUCUAGGCGUGCUCAUCCUCUCGGCUUGAAGAGGAGAGGCGAAAAUCCAUUUGUUUAAGUUCACGUUUCAAGGAGGGAGAACGUGGGCUGUGGGUUGUUGGGAGGUUGCCAAUUUUCUGGAAUGGAAUGUGUGGGGAAUGACAAAGGAAUGGAUGAGUUGUUUUUCAAAUAGGGUCCUUGAACGUUAUUGACGAGAGCGAAAAGACUGACUGGAGAGGCCUUGACAUGAUUUGGAAAAACAAUUGCUUUUUGAGGCUCAGUGACAAGGGCGAGGAUUACAACUUCAAAAAAAAAAACAAAACCCCAAACCAAACCAAAUAAAAGACGUUGCUAGUUUAUUUUUGAAACACUAGGGGGCGCCAAGUUCUCCUUUUCGUCCCGCAUCCCGUAUCCCUAACAAAGAUUUGGUCUCUGCAAUCUUACAUUAUUAAUGUUUCUCAGAUGGCUGAGGGGCUUGCUUCAUCUGUUCUGUCUGACACUUAUCUCAAGUCUGUCUGUAAUUUCCUAAUGUUCUCAGGAUGUGCUCUGAUAAAACCCUCCCAUAACCCUAGUUAAUAAUAAAAAUUUACAGAUUAUUCAAAUACCUGAGUUUUUUUUUAAUACUUGUACAGAGGAGUACAUAGGACCAUGGUGUAUUAAAAUGUAGUUCAAAACCCAGCCAUAUGAUCGACUGAUAUCGUGUAUACUGUAUCUUUUUCUGAUUUAAUAAAAAAAUACAUUGACAUCUAAA